GAACGAACGAACAAUCGUUCGUGUGGUCAUUCCUUCGCCCAUUUUCUAUCAAUCAGUGAACGAAUAUUCUUUCCUCAAGAAAAGUUCAAAAAUUUCGAAACGAAAUAGUCGCGGUUUGUUUACUUGUUUUGUUAUAAACAAAGUAUUUUUAUAUUGGCUGUAAUGGGUUGGCCAACUGAAAAAUUGCUUCAACUCAUUGAACUAUAUAAAAUGUCGCCAUGUCUUUGGGAUCCGCAAGAUAGAUACUAUAAAAAAAGUGUAAUUAAGGAUAGAGCUUGGCAGAGCAUCAGCACUAAACUGGGCUACAAUCCGGUUGCAACCAAGAAGAAAAUGGAUUCAAUACUUGCCUGCUACCGACGUGAGCGGAAGAAACAUGAACUUGAUGACUAUCAUGUUUCCAAGUGGUUCGGCUAUGAGCCAUUAAAUUUCCUGGCUUACAGAUCACAAGUUAAGAAACCCCAGUCCGAGCACCAUGAUCCUCUGAGCAACAUUAUACAGCGCGACAAAUCACCCAGCCAGCUGCUACAACAACAACCCAGCUACGACGAUUCCUUUGAGCCCAAGCAAAGUAAAGUGCACAUCGAAGAAACUGAAGUGGUUUCAGACACAGAAAAAGAAAGUAGCCGCUGUCGCCGAAAUAACAAAAAUAGUCUCGAGAGCAACAGACGAGACGUCAGUGAUGUCUUUGGCGAAUAUGUGGCAACAAAGCAUCGAAAGUAUAGUGAACAUGUCAAGAAUGUCAUAGAGCAUCAAAUUGCACAAAUUUUAUUUGAUGCAGAUAUGGGAACCUAUAAUCCUGGAACAACAACAACGAUUACAAUUUCCGGAAGAGCGCCACCUAUUGACACUGAGGCAGAAGGAUCGGAAGAUUUUAUCAAUGCAAAUUAAAUUAAUAAAGGAAGUUUUAAGUUUUAAUAUUA